AUGGGGGGAGAUGAGUUCUCAAAAUCUGUUGAAAUGGGAAUUAAGCUCUCCAAACGUAUAUACUACGGAAAAGAUGACGAUAUUGCCACGUCUGCUCCUAAGACGGCAGUAAUGACAAAAACACUCUCACAUUGUUCAUCAUCCAUGACGUCGUCGUCAUCAUCCCAUCAGUUGCCUGCAGGCAGACAUCGUCCGACUGGGCUGAUGGUUUACGCAGUCAUUACUGAGCCAGAUGUUGUGGACAAUCCGGAUAUCAGGAGCUACCAGCCGCACGUGCAUGGGCGUUGCAAUCCACCAGCAUUGAUUCCCCUUCAUAUGCAUGGUAUCGGGAUGAAUGUGGAUUGUUAUCUGGACACUGCGUUUGUUACGGUUAGUGGUGCUUGGCGUGUGCAUUGUGUCACAUCAAGUGCAUGCUGUGAUUGUCGUAUUGCAAUUCCCAUGGGCGACCAGGGCUCAAUUCAAGGGAUUGAUGUUGAGACCACCAAAAGAUCGUAUUUUACCAAAUUUAUUACUUUAGAAGAUGAAAAAGAUCACACAGAAGGAGUAAACAAGGGAAAAGAUGGGUUCAUGAUGAACCGCAACACAUACACACUAAAAGUUCCCCAGGUUGAGGGGGGAUCCAUGAUUCAGAUUAAAGUUAGAUGGACUCAGAAAUUGUUAUAUCAAGGUAAUCAUGAGUUCUGCCUCAAUUUGCCAUUCACGUUCCCGUAUUAUGUUAUACCUUUGCAGAAGAAAAUUCCUAAAAGACAGAAACUGGUGGUAAAUGUUCACUCCAGUGGCGACUCUAUGAUUACUUGCAGAUUUGCUAGUCACCCUUUAAAGGAGGUACGACAACAGGCAGGGGAAGCAAGCUUCUCAUAUGAGGCAGAAGUUUUAAGAUGGUCCGCUCAAGACUUUGCUUUCAGUUAUUCUGUAAGACCUCUGACUUUAUAUGCUUACCUACCAUGGUGUCCUUAA